AUGAAGUUGACAUUCAAGGAUCUCAAGCAGCAGAAGUUCGUUGUCGAGGCCGAGCCCUCCGAGACAAUUGGCGAAGUCAAAUCAAAGAUCGCGUCUGAGAAGGGCUGGGAACCGUCGACACAGAAGCUCAUCUAUUCGGGUAAGAUUCUGCAAGACGACAAGACCGUCGAGUCAUACAAGAUCGAGGAGAAGGGCUUCAUCGUCUGCAUGGUCUCCAAGCUGCCAAAGCCCAAGGCUGCUCCCUCAAAACCUGCGGCUCCUGCGACCCCCGCCCCCGCCGUGCCCGCCGCUACCCCUGCUGCUCCCCAGGCACCGACAUCAUCUUCCACCUCUGCCUCCGCCCCCGUGCCCGCUACUCCUUCUCCUGCUGCGAACGAGGGCAGUCGCUUCAACGACCCCUCAGCUCUCACCCUCGGCGAUGAGCGCGCUGCCGCCAUCUCGAACAUGGAGGCCAUGGGUUUCCCUCGCACUGACAUCGACCGUGCCAUGCGCGCCGCUUUCUUCAACCCCGACCGUGCUGUCGAGUACCUUUUGAACGGUAUCCCUGAGAGCGCUCAACGUGAGCAAGAGCAGCAACAGCAGAAUCAGGCCGCGCCCAGACAGAGCCAGACUCCAUCUGCGGCCCCUGCUGCUGCACAACCCACUGGUGGUGAGGACGAGGAUGUCAACCUCUUUGAGGCCGCAGCCCAGGCUGGUCAGGGCAGUGGUCGCGGAAGCACUCGUGCAGCUCAGCCCGCUCAAGGAGCCGAGGCUGGAUUGGGUGCAGGUGGUGACCCUCUGGAGUUCCUCAGAAACAACCCUCAGUUCCAGCAGCUUCGCCAGCUUGUCCAGGCUCAGCCUCAGAUGCUCGAGCCUAUUCUCCAGCAGGUCGCCGCUGGUAACCCUCAGAUUGCUCAGCUUAUCGGCCAAAAUCCCGAAGCCUUCAUGUCUCUUCUCUCUGAGGACGUCGACGAUGAUGCUGCUCUGCCUGCUGGCGCUCAAGCCAUCAGUGUUACCGAAGAAGAGAGAGAAGCCAUCGAGAGACUUUGCCGUCUCGGAUUCGAGAGAGAUCUUGUCAUCCAAGCCUACUUCGCAUGCGACAAGAACGAGGAGCUUGCAGCCAACUUCCUCUUUGAUCAGCCUGAGGAUCCGGAGGAGCAAUAA